GCCAAAGGAGGAACCGAAGACAGCUAGAAGUUAAAAAAAAAAGCCCUCCGUGAAACCGUUACAGGUCCCGAGAAACUGGGCCCGUUUCUUUUGUGCCGGGACCCGGGAGAGAGGAUGUAGAAUCCACCUGCCCAGGUAGCCGAUGGCAGGCCGCGCUCAGGCCUGCCUGUCUCGGAAAUGCAGAGCUCCCUCUUUAAAUCUGCUGAUGGCGAGAGAUGGAACCGGAGCCUGCCCUGGCAACCCGGGGCCUGCAGGGAUCCAGGAGCCCCCGUGCAACCUGGAAGAUGAUGAGGUUUUCCUGGGCAGCGAGGCGAGGCCCAGCAGCACCCAAGCAGAUCCCUUCCGCCACUGCAGUGUGGAGGAGCUUUACGAACUGCUGGAGACGCUGGGCAGCGGACACUUUGGGGUGGUGCGGCGUUGCCAGGAACGGAGCACCGGAGUUUUCUACGCGGCCAAAUCUGUCAAAGUGCGGAAGCGCAAAGGCAGCCGGCUGGGGGUGGAGCGCGAGCAGGUGGAGCGUGAGGUCUGCAUCCUGCAGCAGCUGCAGCACCCCAACAUUAUGCGCCUGUACGACGUCUUUGCCAACCAGGCCGAGAUGGUGCUGAUCCUGGAGCUCAUCCUCGGAGGCGAACUCUUCGACUUCAUUGCGGAGAAAGAGCUGCUGUCCGAAGACGAAGCCAUCGAGUUCCUGCAGCAGAUCCUGCUGGGCUUGGCCUACAUGCACGCCCUCCGUAUCGCUCACUUCGACCUCAAGCCGGAGAACAUCAUGCUGCUUGAGAAGGGCGCCCCCAAACCCAGGAUCAAGAUCAUCGAUUUUGGGCUGGCGCAGAAGCUGCAGGAAGGGGUGGCCUACAAAAGUCUCUGCGGGACCCCUCAGUAUAUCGCUCCUGAAGUGAUCAACUACGAGGCCCUGAGCACAGCCACAGACAUGUGGAGCAUUGGGGUGAUUACCUACAUCUUGCUUAGCGGCAUGUCCCCAUUCCAGGGGGAGACGGAUGAGGAGACCCUCUCCAACGUGGUCUCGGGGAAUUACGAGUUCGAGGCCAAAUAUUUCAGCCAAACCUCUGAGAUGGCCAAGGACUUCAUCCAGAAACUCCUGCUGAAGGAGCCCAGGGACCGAAUGACGGCAGCUGAGUGUCUCCUUCAUCCCUGGAUCAAGCCCCUGACCCGGAAGCAGGCCAUGAACCGGAGCCGUUCCUCCAUCAACAUGAAAAACUUCCGUAAAUUCAACGCUCGCCGGAAGUGGAAGCUCUCCUACCACAUGGUCUCGGCCUGCAACCGUCUCUGCCGGCUGCGGCUCCUGUGCCAGCAGCAGAAGCCGGAGGAGGAGGUGACGGCCCUGCGGGACUGCGAGAGUGACCAGGAAGACCAGCCCAGCAGUCCGGGGGUCUUACUCCGCAGGCGUCGAAGCAUCUGCUCCUGAGUUCGGCAUUGGCUCCCGUCCAGCCACCCUCCGUCCUUCUGCUCAGAGGCCAGGAUGAUGGCGUCCUCUCUAGUCACCAGGCAGUGGGGGAGGAAAGACCCCCGGAAGGAGGCAGCGCUUGGCUCUUCUAAGUGGCCAGAAAUGGGAAGGGGCUCCAGCGGCUCAGCGCAGUGGGGGGGUCCUUCGCUAUCCCGCUUGGGUGAUCACCUGAGCCCCUUCCUCUCCUCUUCAGCAUUUCAGCUUCUUGACCUGCCAGGGAGGGGCUGCCCCCCACACACACGCCCCCAGCAUGGCUGCCUUGGACAGCCUCCCUGGGGGUCCUCAAGAGGAAUGGAGGCUCCCUUUUCCUCAAACAUCUGGCCAAGAACCGCCGUGAGCGAGUGCCGGGCUGAUUGUAAUUAAAAAAAAAAAUACAUAUUUGUCAAAAGGGAAAAAGCACCA